ACGCCUUUAAUCAGCUGAAUACUGAUUAUGCUUCAUUAUGGAAUUGGGGGUAGUGUUGGAGGAGGCCGCCAGCUGCACUUGUCGUUUGUUUCAUUCCAGCAAGAGGGGGAGAUGGUGAACUUUUUCAGAAGUACAGACGAUCUUGGCACACGAGAGGGAGAGGGAGUGCAAAACAGGCACGGCAGACGAGUGAGGGGCAGAGCCACAGGAACAGAAAAGAGGGAGGCAAAGAGAGCUGUUUGCCCAAAACCCUGCUGGCUCUCUCGGUGUGCGUAUCCCAGAGUUGCUCAGCAGACCGUGCGGCUGACACUCGGUGUCUGUGUAUGCCCGCACUUUUAUUGAACUGUGACCAGUGGAGAGUGGAGACAGGAAGGAGUGGGAGAAGGGAGUGGGUUCUGGGACACCCUGUUGGUGGGCCCGGGUGGUUUUACUUGAUAGGUUCAGCAACCAUGCUGGAAAACACAGGUGGAGCAAGAGCUGAUGCUAAAGUGAAUAAUCAGUCAGAAACUACUAAAUGUGCAAUGGAAAGUGGUGACGGGAACACCGGAAUCCAAACCAAUGGAUUGGACUUUCAAAGGCAGACGGUGCCAACAACAAUCUCUAAUGCACACGCACAGGCCCUCCUCCAACAGUCUAAGUCGGAGGACUCGGGUGCUCUUCCGACCUCCGUCCAGCAGAGCGUGUUGCCUCAAACCCAGCUAAUGUUGGCCGGGGGACAGAUUGCUGGAUUGACCCUGACCCCAGCACAGCAGCAGCUGCUGCUCCAGCAGGCCCAGGCUCAGCUCCUGGCUGCAGCCGUGCAGCAUUCAGCCAACCAGCAGAACAGCACCACCGGGGCCAACAUCUCAGCCUCUGCAGCCACACCGAUUACCCAGCUGCCCCUGUCCCAGCCCAUCCAGCUCGCCCCUCUGAUACAGCAGCAGAACCAAGGUCUGCAUCAGUUUGUGUUGGUUCAGCCUGGCCACCCGAUCGCCACGCAGCUGCAGCCCGCUCAGUUCAUCAUCUCACAGACACCGCAGGCCCAGCAGAGCAUAUUGCAAGCGCAGAGUCUUCUAACUCAACUACCUCAAAGCCAAGCUAACCUCCUGCCGACUCAACCAAGCAUCACCCUUGCAACUCAGCCUGCAACUCCUACCCGCACAACAGCAGCCACACCUAUCCAGUCCCUGCCCCAGAGUCAGACCCCACCCAAACGGUUGGACACCCCCACUCUGGAGGAGCCCAGUGAUCUUGAGGAGCUGGAGCAGUUUGCCAAGACUUUUAAACAGAGGCGAAUCAAACUAGGCUUCACGCAGGGGGACGUUGGCCUGGCCAUGGGGAAGCUGUACGGAAACGACUUCAGCCAAACUACCAUCUCUCGUUUCGAGGCCUUGAAUCUGAGCUUUAAGAACAUGUGCAAACUCAAACCUUUGCUGGAGAAGUGGCUUAACGACGCAGAGAACCUGACAUCUGACCAGUCUAUAUCCAGCCCCAGCACCCUGGGCUCCCCGGGCAUGGGUCUUGACGGCAUCAACCGCAGACGGAAGAAAAGGACCAGUAUUGAGACCAACAUUCGAGUGGCCUUAGAAAAGAGCUUUCUGGAGGGUAUCCCUGGCUUCUUUGCCCUCUUCAAGCAGAACCAAAAACCUACCUCUGAAGAGAUCACCAUGAUCGCUGACCAGCUCAACAUGGAGAAGGAGGUGAUUCGGGUCUGGUUCUGCAAUCGCCGCCAGAAGGAGAAGAGGAUCAACCCCCCGAGCAGUGGCGGCAGCGGAGGAGGCAACAACCCCAUCAAAACCAUCUUUACUCCCAGCAGCCCAUUGGUGGCCAGCACAGCGAGCCUUGUCAAUAGUCCAACUAUUAACACAUCCACCACUCUGACUGUAAACCCAGUGAUGCCUCUCACCAGCACCAGCGUCUCCAGUUUGUCUUUCACCGGCACGACAGUUGGAGCCACAAACACUGCAUCCGUCAUCUCCACCGCACCUAUGGUGACCACGUCAAGCAGUUCUCCCUCUUUAAGCCCGUCUUCGAUGACCACAUCCACAGACAGCAAGGCUGGUGCACAGGCGCAGAUGGUUUUCACCCAGGCGCCAACUUCGGCAGCCACAAGCUUGGGAACGGGUCAGGUGAUGGUGUCAGCAUCGGGGCUGUCGGCGGCGCUGCAGAGCGCAGCUCAGCUGCCCACCAGCGCCAGCUUUGCAGCCAUGGCUGCUGCUGCGGGGCUGAACCCCGGGCUGAUGACUUCGUCUUCGUUCGCGCCAGGGGGCGCCCUCCUCAGUCUGACUCCAGGGGGUCUUGGCAGUGCCCUAAGUCCUGCUCUCAUGAGCAACAGCACCCUGGCUACCAUUCAAGCACUGGCAUCCGGCGGCACGAUCCCCAUCACCUCCCUGGAAGGCGGCAACCUGCUGUUCGCCAACACCUCGGCUGCUAACACGCCCAACCUGGUGACCACGCCGCUCUUCCUGAACCCCCAGAACCUGUCGCUGCUCACCAGCAACCCCGUCAGCCUCGUGUCGGCCGGGACGGGGGGGCUCCAGGUCUCCGCUGACGCCCAUCAUCAAGCCACCACAGCGGCUGUGCCUGUGCAAGCUUCGACCAUUACCACUGCCUCCAAGGCCCAGUGAAGCCGGUCGGGCUGCAUACCCAAACGUUUGCCCCAUGUCCUACUUUGAGCACUACUCCCAUCACACCACACGAGGAACAAGGUGUUUGGUUGCUCUGUGCUUCACCAACAACCCCUCAUUCGUUCCAUUGUAUCUAACAUUAUUUAAUCCUUUUUGCUGCCACCAAAAAGAAAAUGACCUCCAAUAAGAUUGGGCUUAAUUUUUUGUUUUGUUUUUCACCCACCCCACCCUUUUGUCAUCCCUGACAAUUUUUCCCCCACAAACGGAAGCCAGAUGAACACCUGCCACUUGUCACGAACAAGUUUCCAGGGAGAAAACAUCUUCGGCUCCAUCAAGCUGUUCAUAUUUUUGUACAUAUAUCCUCCUCUUUCUAGCUCAGACUCUCCUCUGAAACACUUCUAACCAAAAAAAAACAAAAACUCUUUUAACAUUCAAACUCAACUGAUUUUAUGACUUUCACCAGAUUCAUCACUAACAGGGGGUUUGUGUGUUGCCCUGUCUUUAAUUAACCUUUUCCUCUUUUGAUUUUUUUCGACAGGCCUUGACUAAUAUCAUAUCAAAGUUAUAUUUUAGAAACUUUUUUCUCUAUCUUUGCUGUCUGUAUUAUUUGUUUUUGGGACAUUUUCAGAACUUUGUAAGUCUAAUAUUAAGUUAAGGUUUAACUAUCACUUUUUAAUCGUGGUUAUAAGGCUUUAAAAACAAGUAAUAAGUGGCCGAUUAUAAAGGUUAUCAUUGCUUUAAGGGUCGGAGGGCGCGUCCCUCCGAGUCUCUCUCUUCUGGAAACACUGAGUUUUGCAGUCUGCUGCGGCGGCUGUGAAAUCACGGUCUGAACGAGGAUUAUUCACUGACAGGAAAUGGUCGCAGACAUUAGAAGGUGGCGCUUUAAGGCGAGCUGCCCCAAUAGGAGCGCCGUGACAUUGGUCGGAAAACUGUACAAGGCGUUUGCGUUCAGGGGGCAGGAAGUGGAUGCGCGGCGGGUUGUCGGUGGCGGAACGCCUCGUCACGCCGGCCGUUUGGCCAGCGGCGUUGGCCUAACGGGGUUUAUUUGUAUUGUGGUUUUAUGUUUUUUUUUUUUUUAUAGUAGUACUGUCGUAUCUACUUGUGCACAGUAUCUGUACCAAAAAAGAAAAAAAAAACUGGACUGGUGAGCUGCGGUCUGCCUGUUUUGGGAGGAAUGAAAUUCUUUUUAUUCUGUCUGCAGUCGUUUGACUGACCUGCGUACUUUACGAUAUACCAAAAAGAUUUCUUAAGAUAAUUGCUGUGUAGUCACUGUAGCUUAGUCUAGCCGAUAUAUUUAUGAGUACAGAAUCUCUUCAUUGUCGACAGAAUAUAGAAAUGCAAUAUUUUGAUGAUCACUUCCAAAGAUUACAUUUGUUUGAUUUGACAAAAGCGUCUCUCAUAGCUCGAUCUUUAAUUGGCAGCACAACUUACCAAAAAAGUAGAGGGAUUGGUGGGUUGUUUCUUCUCACGCUCUGAUUCUUUUUCUUUUUUUUCUUUUUUUGUGUCCACUCGAGCUUCGGCCUGAAUGCCUCAUCUGGUUUUCCGUGAGCCGUUCGAUAGCUCCUGAUGGCUCCUUUUCCUUACCGAUCUGUUGCUGUAGCAGCUUUGGAUUUUUCUGGACCAUAGCGGAGAAAGGUCUUGUUUUUGUUUGUUUUAUUCUUUUUGGGUGUCGUGCUAAGAUUCAGCCAUAAAAACAACAGCUCUAACCAAAGUGGUUUUCCUCAGUCGUCGCUCUGCCUGUCCGAACACAUGUAGACGACCCCCCCCCCCCCC